CCCCCCAUCCCCGGGAUGAGCUCGGCCGGCAGGGCCAACCCCUACAGUAUCGUGUCAUCGGAGGAGGACGGGCUGCACCUGGUCACCAUGUCAGGCGCCAACGGCUUCGGCAACGGCAAGGUGCACACGCGGCGCCGGUGCCGAAACCGCUUUGUCAAGAAGAAUGGCCAGUGCAACAUCGAGUUCGCCAACAUGGAUGAAAAGUCGCAGCGCUACCUGGCUGACAUGUUCACCACCUGCGUGGACAUCCGCUGGCGCUACAUGCUGCUCAUCUUCUCGCUGGCCUUCCUCGCCUCCUGGCUCCUGUUCGGUGUCAUCUUCUGGGUCAUCGCCGUGGCCCACGGCGACCUGGAGCCGGCCGAGGGCCGCGGCCGCACGCCCUGCGUGAUGCAGGUGCACGGCUUCAUGGCAGCCUUCCUCUUCUCCAUCGAGACGCAGACCACCAUCGGCUAUGGGCUGCGCUGCGUGACGGAGGAGUGCCCGGUGGCUGUCUUCAUGGUGGUGGCGCAGUCCAUCGUGGGCUGCAUCAUCGACUCCUUCAUGAUUGGUGCCAUCAUGGCCAAGAUGGCUCGGCCCAAGAAGCGGGCGCAGACCCUGCUGUUCAGUCACAAUGCCGUGGUGGCGCUGCGCGAUGGCAAGCUCUGCCUCAUGUGGCGCGUGGGCAACCUGCGCAAGAGCCACAUCGUGGAGGCCCACGUGCGGGCCCAGCUCAUCAAGCCGCGGGUCACUGAGGAGGGCGAGUACAUCCCGCUGGACCAGAUCGACAUCGACGUCGGCUUUGACAAGGGCCUUGACCGCAUCUUCCUCGUGUCCCCCAUCACCAUCCUGCAUGAGAUCGACGAGGCCAGCCCGCUGUUUGGCAUCAGCCGGCAGGACCUGGAGACGGAUGACUUCGAGAUCGUGGUCAUCCUGGAGGGCAUGGUGGAGGCCACGGCUAUGACCACGCAGGCCCGCAGCUCCUACCUGGCCAACGAGAUCCUGUGGGGCCACCGCUUCGAGCCUGUCCUCUUCGAGGAGAAGAACCAGUACAAGAUCGACUACUCCCACUUCCAUAAGACCUACGAGGUGCCCUCCACACCCCGCUGCAGCGCCAAGGACCUGGUGGAGAACAAAUUCCUGCUGCCCAGUGCCAACUCCUUCUGUUACGAGAAUGAGCUGGCCUUCCUGAGCCGUGAUGAGGAGGACGAUGCCGAUGGAGGCCAGGAUGGCCGCAGCCCCCAGGCCCGGCAUGACUUUGACAGACCCCAGGCCGCUGGGGGUGGCGGCCUCGAGCAGCGGCCUUACAGACGGGAGUCAGAGAUCUGA